AUGAUUAAAAAAGCUGCUGCUGAGGCUGAUAAACAUGUCAGUUCUGCUACCAAAGCAAGACCGCUGGUACAAACCCUGCCUUUAAGGACUACUGUUAAUAAUGGAACUGUGUUACCAAAGAAACCAAGUGGCUCUUUACCUUCCCCAUCAGGAACCAGAAAGGAGACUGCAGCACCAGCAGCAAAAAGGUCUGUGAAUCUUCUCAAUGCAUGCAAACUGAAAAAGCCUGCUCUAAGCACCGUUAAGAGAACCAGUUCAGCUGAGCGUGUGUCCCCAGGCGUUCGGAGGGAAAGCUAUGGAGAUUCCAAAGGGAGUCGCAACCGCACUGGAUCCACCAGCAGUUCAUCCAGUGGUAAAAAGAACAGUGAAAGCAAACCCAAGGAACCGAUGUUCAGUGCAGGGAAGCGCCGUGUGACGCACUGCAAAGUAACUCUACAGAUGUCACUGACUCCAAAACUGCUUGAUUCGCAUGAGAACAAGGCUGAACCCCUUGAUCUGCCGAUGGAGCAGCAAGAGCCAGCACGUUCUGAAUCUGGACAAACUUCACCAGAAGUUCACAGGACACCCACUUUGGCCUUGCCAGUUCCCAAAAGUCCUAGUCAGACCUUCAUGGCAUAUCCCAGAUCUCCUAGUUUUAUAAGCCCCAUGAAGUCCCCAAGUCAGUACUUCCAGAUCUGUUAUUAAUCCCUGCUUCUCUCUCCCAAAAAUAUUUCUUACCAGGUCAACACAUUACUUCUAGUAUUUUCUUCUAGAAAUGUUUACUUCUGUCAGCCAAUUUAGUUUUUUGUAGCUUCUCUCCUGUAUGUCAUUUCCCUUUCUUUUAAUGUGCUGUCAAUGUUGUCAUUCCUUUUUCAAUGUUUAGUAACUCUUAAGCACAUCUUUUUUCUGCAUGUACAUCAGCAUGAUUCCUUUUAUUAAUUGUUUGUGUUCCUUAUUUCGAAUGUAUCUCUAACACUGUAUCAAGUGUAAAGCAUAUCUUUACACUGAGAUGCAAAGAAUGCAACUGAGUGUUGGAAUAUACUUU